UCUGUACAAGUGCCUAUUCCGCAAUACUCCUUUACGACCCACCCUCUUGGUUAAACAAUACUGCGCCAUAUAGAAAGCUCAUUUAUAUAAAGGGACGGUUAGUAAAAUCCCGCGAUAAUAGAUGUUUCCCACGCUGAUCCCUCUCAAGUGCCCGGGUUCGAACCUGUAACCUUUGCAUGCGUGUCUCCCCACAGCAUGUUUCACCGGUUAUUACGCGCGAAGAGUUAACGAGUAAUCCAAGAGUUAAUCUUCUCCCACGGUGCUGAAAAAUCAACAAAGAAAGCGUGAUAAAAAGUGGAGAAGGAGCAUCGGUGGUGUGAAGACUACGAACUGAGAGGUCGCUUGAAGUAAAGGAAAGAAAGAAAGAGAGAAAAACCCUGCUUUCUCGCGCUAUGGACCUGCUGAAGUUUGCCAAGAAGCUCUGGUGCGUCCGUAAGCAGCUGGUUCUCCUGAUCACACCAGAGUUAUUGCUUCCGCUGCUCUUCCUUCUGCCAGAAAAGGAGGGUAAAUGUCUAUACGUGGUGCUCUUGAUGGCAGUAUACUGGUGUACAGAAGCUCUCCCUCUCGCAGUUACUGCCCUGCUGCCAAUCUGCCUCUUCCCCACCAUGGGUAUUCUAGCCUCCAAGAAGGUCUGUCCUCAAUACUUCUUAGAGACUAACUUCCUCUUCCUGAGUGGCCUAGUAAUGGCAACUGCAAUUGAGGAGUGGGGCUUACACAGACGUAUCGCCCUCAGAGUGCUCAAGAUUGUUGGAGUGAAACCAGCCUGGUUGAUUUUGGGGAUGAUGGUCACGUCCUCUUUCCUGUCCAUGUGGUUAAGUAACUCUGCUACGACAGCCAUGAUGCUGCCCAUCGCUAAUGCCAUUCUGGAAAGCCUGUUUGGAGACCUGGAAACACUUAAAGAGAGGAGCAAGGUCACAGAUGACCCUGAGGGCCAGUCUCAGGUGAAGCUGCAUGUACUGCUUUCUGAAAAACACACUCUGACUGCAGUUGACAGGGUCGAUGGAAUAGAGAAGAUAGAGCAGAAGAGUCAGGAGGAGGCCAGGAAAGAGGCAGAAUACCAGCUGAAAGUGUGGAAAGGGUUUCUCAUCUGUAUCCCCUAUGCAGCCAGCAUCGGGGGAACAGCCACCCUCACUGGAACCGCACCCAACCUCAUUUUCAUCGGACAGCUGAAGAGUUACUUCCCAGAGUGUGACCUGAUCAACUUUGGCUCAUGGUUCAUCUUCGCUUUCCCACUAAUGAUCAUCUUCCUUCUCGUGUCAUGGAUCUGGAUUGCCUUCCUAUAUGGAGGAAUCAGCACAAGAUUGUGUAUAAACAAACACAAUGACCGUGCAGCUGCGGAAGCCAAGGCCAACGCGGUCAUUGAUGAAGACUACAAAAAGCUGGGACCCAUGACUUUUGCAGAGAAAGCCAUCUCCUUCUUCUUCAUCCUUUUCGCUAUCCUCCUGUUCACCAGAGACCCGAAAUUUGUCAGAGGCUGGGCCAUAUUCUUCAGAAAAGACUACGUGUCGGAUGCUGUUACUGGAGUCAUCAUCAUCUCCAUCCUUUUCUUUUUUCCUUCCAAGUGUCCAUCGCUGCGUUGGUGGCUGAACACUAGAGCCCCGAACACGCCGUAUGUGCCUCUGUUGUCUUGGAGAAGAGUUCAAGAAUGUGUACCCUGGAACAUUAUCCUUCUGCUGGGUGGAGGCUUUGCAUUGGCAAAAGGCUGUGAGGAGUCUGGUCUGGCUGUAUGGAUCGGAGGACGUUUGCAGCCAUUAGCUAAGGUUCCACCUCCGGUAGCUGUGAUUCUCAUCACAGCCUUCAUUGCUUGCUUCACGGAGUUUGCCAGUAACACCGCCACCAUCAUCAUCUUCCUUCCAGUCAUUGCUGAACUGGCCAUUCAUGUGAAGGUGAAUCCUCUCUACUUCAUGAUUCCAGCUACUGUAGGUUGCUCUUAUGCCUUCAUGCUUCCUGUUUCUACUCCACCCAAUUCCAUCGCAUUUGCCUCUGGACACCUCAUGGUCAAAGAUAUGGUGAAAACGGGGUUUAUGAUGAACAUUCUGGGGAUUAUGUGUGUAUCUCUAGCUAUGAACACGUGGGGACUGCACAUGUUGGGCUUAGACACCUACCCGGACUGGGCCAAACCUGUAAACUCUACAGAGCUUACGGUACCAACAGUUAACGUUACCGGAUAGACACAUACACACACCUCAAACAGUCAUAUACCCACAGAGUGGGCCAAAGUCAUAGCUGCCAAAAUGGGUUCUGUAACAUACCCUAUAUAUUAUAUACAAUAUUUAUGAAUAAUAUCUGUGGUGAGAUGAGAUGUUGGAAAAUUGUUCACUGUUUUCAUGUCCAGAGUGUAGAAGUGCUCUUUCUCGUUAUGUUUCCUAACUAUUUUGCUGCCAUAGUAACAACUAUCACUAUUAACAAAGAAGGUCAAAAUGAAGGCAUAACUGCAAAUGGCUUUUAGAUUUUUAUCAACAGUUUCACUAGAUCAGUAUUCUCCCAGCUAACAAAGAACAUUAUUAGAACAUUCAGUAAGCUUCUGAGAAGGUUCCAGGAAGGUUUCUGCAAUGUUAUAAAAACAUUUAUGGUAAUAAUGUUCCUAGUUAAACAAAAAAUAACAUUAUAGAAACAUCUGUAUUUACUAAAAAUGCUUGCUAAUAUUAAGUAAAAAAAAAAAAAAAUUCAGAACACCCAGAAACCUUGACAGACUUGAAACCAAAUGUAUGUCAAUGUUCAUAAAUAUAGGCCUCUAUUUGAUCAAAACCUGAUUAUUCCCAUCAUAUUAAGAUUGUGUUAUUUAUCUCUGUUAUAUCAAUAGUUCAUCACUGUUUUAAUAUAUUGCAAUGUAUACUUGAUGUGACAGAAACAAUUUUGACCUUACAGUAGUUAAUAUACAUUAAUAUACAAAAAUGCUCCACUGGAGCAUCCAAGGUUUUGGUAGAUUGAUCACGGCACACAAGAAAUUAUUUAUGGAUGUACUAGAGUGCUAAUUUGCAUAUUGCCACCUUCUUUGUUAUCAGUAUUUCUUUGUUAUCAAUAGUAUGUCAACUAUUGUCAUAAUGAUUUACAAAUGAUAUAUUGCACAGCCCAUUGCCUUAUAUUUGUAAUGUAUUAUGAUUAUGAGUUAAACAACUGUUUAGCUUCAUACUCUCUGCUCACACUACAUGAUUGGGGAAUCCUAAACUCUAAGAAAAUGGUGCCCCCUAGUGUAUUAACCCACAAUCAACCAGAAAAACAGUCAUUCGUACAAAUUAUUAUAAAUUAUAAAUGUAAAUCCAGUGUUAAGCUAUAAAACAAGAGAGGCUUUGAAUUUUAAAAUAUUAUUUUCUAUACAAAAGGGGGGGUAGCAGCAGUCUAAUUUGCAUUGUUCUGCAUCACAUGCCGAACAUCAGUAUAUAAUACAGUUUAUUAUUAAUAAUAUGAAACAAUUCACUAUUCUUACGCCACGCAAUGUAGUCAGUUAACAGAAAGCUUCGGUUGCUAAGAAAUGUAACAGCCAAAGUUUAGAGUAUUCGAAGGACAGAACAAUGACUUUAGUCUAACAGCUUUAUUGGAUUAAAACCUGGCACAUUAAUACAGAAUACAGUUACUGUGAUGUGGUCACAGGUGUGUGUAUAUCAAGGCUUUUACCACAUCUUUAAACCUGAUUUAGACAGUUGGAUUUUAAAACUGAAACUAUCCGUUUUAUGAAAUAUUACUUCUACGUUCCUUUUUUUUUUCUUUUCACAAAUUGGUCAUCUUGCAUUUGGUUCCACUUCCUUUAAAUACCAUCUCUUUCGCAACAUGCAGACUUUUCAACAAUAUUUUGUUAAGUCAGUCCAUAUGAACUUGACAGAACACAAUUCAGGACUUUACUGUUUUGGGUAAUACACAAGCAAAGUCACUGGACUGUGUGGGCUUGGAUGCGUAAUUGUGAGUAGUAUAGCAUCCUCUAUUUAACAGUAAGAGCACUGUGUGACCCUAAAUCUACCUGUGAAUGAGUCACUGACCACUGAUUACUGACUGGUGAUAAAUUACAUUCAAACACAACACACACACACACACAGUGGCUCUUUAAACUCUUUGUACAAAACAAUCCUUAAGCAACAACAAUAAUUUAUUUAGAUUUAUAUACCUAUAUAUGUUAAUGGAUUCUGAAUUUUUAAGAUGUGAUUCUUUAACAAGUGCUACAUUCUUUUUUUACACACAUGGAAUGUAAACUGUAUGUAAAACCUGUAUAGAGCUGUAUAUAUAGAAAUAUAUAACACAUAUCUAUGUCCAGGAACUUGUUAAAAAUUACCUACAUUAUGCUCUAUAUUUUAGUUUAUGGAGAAUUGAGUAGUUUCCUAUGUAAUUAAUAGACUUAUCAUGAUCACAUGAGUUUGUUUUUGUUUUUGUUUUUUUAGGAAUUGUUUGAUUGUAAAUGUAAUGGAAUGUAAAUGAUGAUCCUUGUGUUUUGUAGGUACCCUGGGUUAAUUGCAAUUGCAACCUGUAAAUCAUGAUUUGUGCAAUAACAUAAUGGUCAAAUUGUGUAUUGUUUGGCAUGGGAUUCAGUUUUAACUGUCAGAAUUCAGCUGUAUUGUUAAAACUGCUGGAGGAAAGUAUACAUAUGGUAAUACAUGACCAGCAGUUACAUACAGUAUACAUAUAAUACACUAUAUUAUAAAUUUCCUUAAAAUAAAGCAUUCAGGAAAUAUGAAGAAAAUGGUAGUAUGAGCUGGGAACAGGCAGUUCUUUGCUGUCAGAAUAAACACUACCUACUUCCUCUGACAUACCAUGCAAAAAGACCUCAUUAUUACUUUUUAAAGAUGGAGUGAAUGUUUACACGUGUGGUUAAUUAUUGGAAAAUGGAACAUGCAGAUCAGAUUUAUAGUAGACCAAUCUAUACUGUGAAUUCAAUAAAAGGUAUCAUGAG